AUGGAAAUGGAGCCGCACUGGCAGGACCCUCGCUGGGCUGGGAGGAAGGAAGAGGCACUGACAGGAGCCAAAAGGCAUGUGCAGGGCUCCUCACACAGGGUGGCUGACAGACCCACAAAGAGGCUGAAAUGUGAAAAAGAUAGUCUAGUAAAAUCAGAACCAAAAGGAGUUAAAUGUGGAAGUGGAAACCUCGCUGCAUUGGGGGAAACACCUAAAACGUCUGAUGGGGAUGGAUGUUCAGAAGAUCCAGGAGACUGCAAUAGAAUUCCAGAGAAGAAAGGUGAAAGCAUUCCAGAGUCUAAGGAAGACAAACAGGAGGAGCACAGUGCUCCUCUGGAGCCACGUGCACUGAAGUCAAGCAGUGCUCCUUCAGUAAUGGACAGUAAAGAGGAGAGCAGCUGUGAGAGUCUGCUUUCAGAUGGGUCUAGCUUGGAGGACACGGAUCUGAAGAAGCCCACCCAGCUGGACAGCAGUGCUUUCUUGGAUGAGGACAGCAACCAGCCCAUGCCAGUGGCCCGGUUCUUCGGGGAUGUCGAGCUGCUCAGGGAUCUUCCAGCAGUUGCUCUCCCAAGCACAGCCACGAGCAGGAGAGAGUUCAGGAAGCUACAUUUCAUUGCAAAGGAAGAUGAAGAGGAGGAGGAUGAAGAGGAUGUUGCCUAA